UAAAUAAUUAAUUAAAUAAUAACAAGUAUCAAAAAUUAAAAAAACAAAAAGUAAAACACUAUUUCUACUUACCUUUACCCUAAACACUCUAAAGCACACAAAAUAAAGACUAUAAUUAAAAUGAUUUCUAAGAUUACCAUCUCUGCGCUUCCUAAAUUCCUUAAUCUUAAAUUAGUAAAUUUUAACUCCUAAUACUUGCAAUAAGCUUAAAUUUCUUAAAGCAUUGGUCAUUACUCAAAUGCUAUUUCUUACUACAAAAAAUUUCUAUAAAACUCUGAUUGCGUCGAUUCAAGAUAAAUCUACACAUCUCACAAAUUUAUGGCUGAUUCUUUCUUAAAGAUGAACAAAGUCGCUUAAUCCCAUUAAAAUUACUUACAGGCUUUGUAAGAAUUGCAAAGUCUUCCUGAAAAAAAUUUACAAGAAGAAGUAGAGCUACUCAACAAAGCAGCUGAAACUUGUUAAGAUUUACAAUAGGCAUUAAGCUAUAUUGAAAGAUCAAUGUCACUAUUGAAUUCUCUUAAAAACAACAAUAGUUUAAAAAUGGAAGCUCUUAGAGUCAGAGCUCAGAUACUAGAAAAGAUUGGCUAAAAGUAAGAAGCAUUGAAUCUAUGUAGUCAAAUUUUAUUAGAAAGUGAUUCACUAACUUCUAUUGAUUAUAAGUUUGCAUAAAAAAAGAGACUUACUUUAUAAUCUCUUGAAACCUUCUAAGAAGUUUCUAAAGAACUUGAUUAAAUUAUUAUUUAAGAGCAUAAGUAGAAUUCACUUGAUGUUCCUUCAGCCAUUUCUGACUACUAUUAGAUUAGUCUAAAACUAUGGAAGAAGAAAGAAUACUUUAGAUCUUUCUAAUAUGUGCAAAGAGCAUUACAACUUGCUGAAGUUUUGAGAGGCUCAACACAUUAAGAUUUUUAUUAAUGCUUAGAUUUGAUUGGAUAACACCUUAUUAUAUAAGGUAGACUUUUUGAAGCUUAAUUUUACUUUGAGAGAGCCCUUAGUUGUGUGAUCUAAGGAAAAGGUCCCUUCCACGAAGAUGUCAUUUAUUAUUAAAAAUAAUUAGCUGAUCUAUAUGUAAGAUAAGAAAAGUAUCAACUUGCCUAGUCUCUAUAUGAGUAAGCUCUUUAACUCGAACAAAAUUAUUACUCACUAGAUCAUUUUUCAACUUUAGAAACUAACUUUAAGAUUAGUCUCACUGAAUUAAAGUAGGGUAAAAGUAUAAAUGAAGUUAAAGAAAAUCUUGAGUGGAUGCUAAAGCAAUUCAAAAAGAAAAAUGGUGUCAAAAAUGAUAAACUCUAAUCAUAAAUUGUUAUAGAAUUAGCCAAAAUCAACUUAGAACUAAAUAACCUAGAAGACUCUAAGAGAUAGUUUUAGGAGUUCCUUUUGUUAGAGGACAAUGUAGAUUUAAUGUUAGAUGCUUACCUAAAUUUAGGAUAUAUUGAAAUGCUCCAAAAAAAUUUUGACAAAGCAAACUAAAUUUUUGAAAGAAGCAAACUAUUUGUCCAAGAUAAAUCUAACCCAAAGCUAUAAAAGAUUGCUGAAUAAUAAAUACUUGUCUAAAAAAUGCAAAACUGA